UCCAUUUCUUCCCCUCAAUAACCGCCUCUCACUUGCGCUUCUAUAUUAUAUCCCCAUCCAAAUUCAUCCAAACUCUGUCCUCUCUUCCUCACUCUGCACAACCCCAUUUGUGAGAGUCUCGAGGGAGUGAGUGAGUACUGAGCUAAAGCAGCAAAAUGGACAUGGCAAUUUGCUCACACACUUCUCUCUCCACCAGUAAUCCCUAUAUAUCACCGAGAAUUGUUAAUUAUACUGCUAAUAGGAAAAGCUUCAGUUUUUCUUCUUCUUCAUUUAAGUUCAAGAAACCAUUUUUUGGUUGCACCCCACCUUUAUGUUUUUCAACCAAAGCGUCAUUCAGUCUUGGUUCAAGAAUCCCGCUUCAGAAAUCCAUCAAAUGCUCGGUUUCUCAAGCUGAAACCACAACUGAUAAAAGGGCCCAAUUAACGAGAAGAAAUGAUGUAAGGAAUAUAGCAAUUGUCGCUCACGUAGAUCAUGGGAAGACCACCCUUGUUGAUGCAAUGCUGAAGCAAGCAAAGGUUUUUCGUGAUAACCAAUUUGUACAGGAAAGGAUAAUGGACUCAAAUGAUCUAGAGCGUGAAAGGGGAAUUACCAUACUUAGCAAAAACACAUCAAUCACAUUUAAUGAUACAAAAAUAAACAUAAUUGAUACUCCAGGCCACUCUGACUUUGGAGGUGAAGUUGAACGCAUACUCAACAUGGUGGAAGGAGUUCUGCUAGUGGUAGAUUCAGUUGAGGGUCCGAUGCCACAGACAAGAUUUGUUUUGAAGAAGGCUCUCGAAUUUGGCCAUGCUGUAAUAGUUGUUGUUAAUAAAAUUGACAGGCCAUCUGCUCGCCCUGACUAUGUUGUCAAUUCCACAUUUGAAUUGUUCAUAGAACUAAAUGCAUCAGAUGAACAGUGUGAUUUUCAAGUCAUAUAUGCUAGCGGCAUCAAGGGAAAGGCUGGACUGUCUCCGGAGAAUUUGGCAGAUGAUCUUGGACCACUUUUUGAGUCCAUUCUGAGAUGCAUACCAGGACCAAGAAUUGACAGAGAUGGUGCACUUCAAAUGCUUGCUACAAAUAUCGAGUAUGAUGAACAUAAAGGACGGAUCGCUAUUGGGCGUUUGCAUGCAGGAAUUUUGUGUAGAGGAAUGGAUGUGCGGAUAUGCACUUCUGAAGAUGAAUGCAGAUUUGGAAGAGUAAGAGAACUGUUUGUGUAUGAGAAGUUCAGUAGAGUCCCUGCAGAAAUUGUGGAAGCUGGUGAUAUCUGUGCUGUGUGUGGCAUUGAUGAUAUCCAGAUAGGGGAGACAAUUGCAGACAAAAGUUCUGGGAAACCAUUGCCUUCUAUUCAAGUGGAAGAACCUACUGUGAAAAUGGCUUUCUCAAUCAACACUUCACCUUUUGUUGGCCGUGAGGGAAAAUAUGUUACCAGUAGAAAUAUUAGAGAUCGGCUCUACCGUGAACUUGAGCGGAAUUUGGCAAUGAAGGUAGAAGAUGGUGAAACAGCUGAUACUUUCAUUGUUAGUGGACGGGGUACUUUGCAUAUCACAAUAUUGAUAGAGAACAUGCGAAGGGAAGGAUAUGAAUUCAUGGUUGGACCCCCAAAAGUGAUUAAUAAAAAAGUGAAUGAUAAGCUACUAGAACCUUAUGAGAUUUCUACUGUGGAGGUACGAGAAGAAUACAUGGGUCCAGUGGUUGAACUACUUGGUAAAAGGCGUGGGCAAAUGUUUGACAUGCAAGGAGUUGGGUCGGAAGGUACAGUUCUGCUGAAGUAUAAGAUACCAACUCGUGGUCUUCUUGGAUUGCGGAAUGCAAUUUUGACAGCUUCUCGAGGGACUGCCAUACUUCACACAAUAUUUGAUGGCUAUGGAUCUUGGGCUGGUGAUAUAACUACCCGUGAUCAGGGAUCUCUGGUUGCUUUCGAGGAUGGCACUAGUACAUCUUAUGCCCUUGCAAGUUCACAAGAAAGAGGGCAUCUGUUUAUUGGCCCUGGUGUUGAUGUUUAUAAAGGUCAAGUAGUUGGGAUUCAUCAGCGGCCUGGAGAUUUAUCCUUGAAUGUUUGUAAGAAAAAAGCUGCUACAAAUGUCCGUUCAAAUAAGGAACAAACAGUGGUUCUUGAUACCCCGCUGGAUUAUAGUUUGGAUGACUGCAUAGAGUACAUUCAAGAAGAUGAGCUGGUUGAAGUUACUCCGAAGAGUAUAAGAAUGUGCAAAAAUCCCAAAUUUGCAAAGAAGAGUGGUGGUAGAAGUUGAAUUUCAACCAGAAAUGUCCUGGAAUUGGCAUGAUUACAUUAUAUCUUAAUCAUCCCAAGUGAUGCAUUUGUAGCACCUUAUGUGAUAGAUAGGAAAUUUUUGGUUCUUCAUAUCUCUGAAGGGCUUUAUGACAACUUCAGGUUACUGAUAGCUAUAGGUAUUAGAUACACCAGACACUCAAGUGCGCUGGGAAUUUUUGCUUAUUGAUCUGCUGGACGUACAUGAUAUGGUAAAAACCACACACGGUGCUUAGCUUUCAGAUUUGAUGGACAUUCAGACAUUCUUGAUAUGGUAAAUAGUAUACCUUGGGGUAAUUAAGUCUUGCAUCAUUUGUGGCUUGAA